UUAAAUACCCCAAGUCAUCUGCCACAACAAAACAUUCCGCUGUCAGCCAAUUCACGGCUGUACCCAAGUAGUUACUGGCACACAGAGGCCGAUACAGGUACACGCAAAAUAUUUACUUUUAAAUACACAACUUCUGUUAUUAGCCACGAUCGAGAACCUGCCCGUGUAAUAACGAAUUUGACCCGGAGUCGUAGAGGCUGUGCAGGGUGAAGUCGGGGGAGACGGACAGGAAAAAAACAAAGAUGGCUGUGUAGCCAGAGAGACGAGUCCCAACAGAACUGUCUCUAGCCGCGGCUUUAAUCACCGACAGGUCUCGUGGGUCCCGUGGACAGUCAGUCGGUACCGGAGCAGGGACGUUAGACGAGCAGCCGAGCUGGGCCGCGGGUGCACAUCGUCGUAAUCUGCUGUCAUUGCGAAUAACGGCGUCGAGAGCUCAACAACAGCUGAGGGACGCCUGAGUUGUUUUUGUUCUGCCUGGGCAAAGGGAGAGGACUGCUGUGUUUUUGUCAACGUAGCUAGCACAUAGUCUGCUAGCCUCACUGUAAGUCAACAAAACUAGUCAACAUUUAAUGUAGUCGUUAUUACAUUUAUGCACAUGAUCUCGUUAUUACACAAUCAUUGGCUUGUUAAAUUCCAAGUUUCUAAGUGUAGGGUAGCAUUAAUAAUAAGUUAGCCCGCAUUCCUUUCUGACAGCCUGCUGCCGUAGCGUUAGCCUGGCUAACGUUAGCUAGCUGUCAGCUGACCGUUAGCUUGACAGGUUGUGAGCUAGCUCUGAGCUAACCUGCUAAUAUUUCGGGCUCAGCCUGGUCGCGGCAGGUACAUCUCAGACAUUUCUAGACACUCGUCGCCAUGUCUUCACUGGAAGAGAGAGACGUGGGCGUUGCGGCCGCCCCUGGCUCCUCCUCGGCCGGCCUGGGGGUCGGGGCCGUGGGGGCAGCGGUGGAGGCUGUCGCCGGGGUCGCUGCCAUGCAGGAGGAGGUCGGGAUACGACGAGAAGGGCCCGAGCCUGACCCAGACGAGCCACCCAAGAAGAGGGUGAAAAUGCCCGAGGGAGAGUCAGGAAAGCUGGAGGAGAGACUGUACUCAGUGCUGUGCUGCACCGUGUGCCUAGACUUGCCCAAGGCGUCUGUAUACCAGUGUACCAAUGGACAUCUGAUGUGUGCAGGCUGUUUCAUCCACCUUCUGGCUGAUUCUCGUCUCAAGGAGGAACAGGCUACAUGUCCCAACUGCAGGUGUGAGAUCAGCAAGAACCUGUGCUGCAGGAACCUUGCGGUGGAGAAGGCUGUCAGUGAGCUGCCGACAGAAUGUACCUUCUGCCUAAAACAGUUCCCCCGCUCCAGCUUAGAGAGGCACCAGAAAGAGGAGUGUCAAGACAGGGUGACGCAGUGCAAGUACAAGAGGAUCGGCUGCCCUUGGCAAGGUCCGUUCCAUGAGCUGCCAGCGCAUGAGAGCGAGUGCUCCCAUCCCACUAAGACCGGUACAGAGCUGAUGGGAAUCCUGGGAGAGAUGGACCAGAACCACCGCAGAGACAUGCAGCUCUACAACAGCAUCUUCAGCCUGCUCUGCUACGAAAAGAUUGGGUUUACAGAGGUGCAGUUCAGGCCGUACCGCACCGACGACUUCAUCACUCGCCUGUACUACGAAACGCCGCGCUUCACUGUCCUCAACCAGACGUGGGUGCUGAAGGCCCGAGUGAACGACUCCGAGCGCAACCCCAACCUCUCCUGCAAGCGCACCCUCUCCUUCCAGCUCAUCCUCAAAAGCAAGGUUAACUCUGCCCUGGAGUGCUCCUUCCUGCUGCUUAAGGGGCCGUACGAUGACGUGCGGAUCAAGCCAGUCAUCCACCACCACUCCUUCAGCAACGACGCCAACGAGACCGACUAUGUCCCCCUGCCCAUUUCCGACUCGGUGGAGUGCAACAAACUGCUGGCCGCCAAAAACAUCAACUUGCGCCUGUUCAUCUUCCAAGUCCAAAAAUAAAGAGUGAGGGAAGAAGAGGAGGAGGAGAAAGAAGAAGAAGGGUGAUGGAGGACAAGGAACAGAGAGAGAGGAAGAUUAAAGAGAGACACCACUGAACCACUGAUACCUCUUAACACCUGCACACACACACACACACAAAUACACACAUAUACUCACCUCACAAUCACGCAGGGUACACACGCCUCCACACACACACACACACACACAUAUAUACAGAAACACACACACACACACACACACACACACACCACUAAUUACACUUACCUCCUUUUACAAGAUAGUGAGACCCCCAUUUGCUCGGGGGGAGCUGUGAGUUGCUAUGGAGAUGGGUGGGCAUUGAUAUGGGAUGGAGGGGUGGGGUGAAACCUGCAAAGGCAUAGGUGGGGAGGGGGGGGUGUCAGAGUGCAGCAAGUGAGCGAGCGAGCGGGAGACGGAGGGAGGGGUGGGCGGGUUGUGAGGCAAUUGAUGUGUACCCGAGGGGGCUCCCCGAGGUGAGGCUGCAUCUGACCUUUCACCCCCCUGACACCCACAGCCAAAGGUAGCACACACACCAACCAAAGCAGGAUUUGCUGGGUGCGUUUGUCUUGUGCGUGUUUAUGUUUGUGUGUGAGUGUGUGUGUGUGUGUGUGUGUGACAGAGAGUUAAGUGACGGACCCUGGAGUGCGGCCCACACUCUGUUUGCAUGUUCAAAUGUCCCGAACACAUGUGAUAAUGUGAAAACAGAGCGUCUGACUCUACUGAGCUGUUCUUUGGACAUGUGACGGGACGUUGAGGGUGCGUGUGUGAGAGAGAGCAAGUGUUUGUGUGUGUCUUUCCCCACCCUCCCUCUACGCAGUUUCGUCACCUUUCCCCUCUGUUCUGGCAAAUGUUCCCUUUUCGUGUCUCAGACUUUUCCAGAGCAGAGGAAAGAUGGCGUCCCCACUUUUAACCCUCUUAUCUUUCAACAACAGGAGAGAUGGCCUGGCUGCAUGCUAUUUUAGUUCCUCGACUUAUUCCUCCAGCUGUGGUUAUAUUUAACCUUCAACACUAAUAUCGUUUUUAUUUCUCUUAACCCUGAAUAUUUAAGUACCUGUGAACUUUUUUCUUUUUAGUUGGGUUUUAAGCGUGUGAUCGGCUGCCUGUGUGUGUGUGUGUUAACAGAACUGUGAGAUUCCUGUUAAAAAAAAAAAAAAAAAAACAUGUCCUGAACCAGAGUACAAUCUUUAGAGUACAGGACCAGCAAGACUGGAUUACAGACAGACCUUCAGGAGCCCCAGGUUCACUGUGUCAGUUGUAGCUAACUCUUUAAGUUAUUAAUUAAUCUGCAGAUUAUUUUCUCAGUUAAUUGUUCAGUGUAUCAAAAGUUGUAAAAACCACUCAUCACUACUUCCCAGAGCCUAAAGUGACACCUGUAGAUUGUUUGUUUCAGUCCAAAACAAAAAGAUACUUAAUUUACUAUCAUACAUAACAGAGACAAGGAGCAAAUCUUCAUAUUUAAAAUGAAAUGAAAACAAAAAGGAAAUGAUUAAUCCAUUUUCAGAAUAGUUACAGAUUAAUUUUCCAAUUUGUUUAGGAAUGUGGACUGUUAUAGUACCAUUUAAAUAUUAUGAUGUGAUCUUAUGGCCCUGUGUCAAAAUCUAGGUCCCCCACCUUUACUAUUAUAGUUUAUAUUGUGCUCCCAUGGUGCAUUUUUCACUAUUUUCCAAAACUGCUUUUUUUUUUUUGUUAAAUUUUCUCUGUUCUUCAUUUCAACGCACUCACUGGAAAUAUCAUUUCCUGCCAUCAUGGGAGAACAGCUGAAUUCUUUUGCCAUCAAUUUAAAGAGUCAGCAGCUUUCACCCAAAACUAGAAGUGUUACAAAUCUGAUGAAUACUAAGAAAAUUGUGUGUUUCAGUAAAAGUACCACAAGCUAACGGACACACAGGAAACCUGGGGUCAGGUCAGGUAGUAUUCCAGUAAGAGAGUAUUGGUUGGAUUCUGGGACUUUGUCCAAAAUAUAAUGAGGAUGUUGGGAACCCGAGGACGACAGGAGCCCAGCUGCAAGAUUUUUUUUUACUCCCAAUCAGACCUGACCCAGCCACAGGGACUAGUCAACAACCGCAAAAGGAACGAAACCCAAACUGUGAGCGCAGAGUCUCAGGGCGAUCUGGACUUCGUUGAGUGCUCGGAGCUCAGCCGGCCUCUGGAGAGGACUUUCUCUGGAAGAUCAGACUUUGGGUGGUGAUGGAUGAUGUGUGUAUGUGUAUGUGUGUGUGUGUGUGUGUGUGGCAGGGGUGGGGAUUGGGGGGGGGGUUUACCUUACCACAGUGACAUAUUAGUGUUAGACUUACUUGAACGAGAACGAGAAGAUGUUACUUAAGUAGAUUCUACUGUAAAGCAGAUAGAUCUCUCUCCUCCUGACCUCUACUUCCUGUAUUUCUGUGUUUUAAUGCUUCGUCUCUAUGCCAGUGGACUCACUCAUCUCACUAUGGCUGUACAUGUGCCUUUUAUUAAAGAUCAUGGAACCUGCA